AUGGCGUCUGAUCUAUCCGCAGUAACUCAGGAACAUAAAACUGGCAACAAUUCAGCAACCAUUGCACAGACUGAAGAUACCUCAAGCUCAUCGCCAACUGCGAUAUCUCACGCAGAGCCUGAUGAAUCGCAUGAUUAUGCCUCGUCCACGUCAAAAAGUUCAACUUCGGCGGAGAACAGACUACGGCCAGCGGCAGACGUCAUUAACCGGCUCAUUUGGGACACCAAAUUUGACAGUAACGACUACACCAUUGGAUACGAGGACCGAUUCAAUGGACGUUUGGAGGCGAACCUGAGCUCAUGGAAGAAGGAUCUGACCGACGAAGAGUUCAUUCCGCAGCAUCGCAUACUCUAUAUUAAACGCAAGUCUGACGCGGAAAUCGUCUGGGACAAAAGAAGGAGGACAGAUAAGAUCUUCCUGAGUGGAAAUUCUGCUUUCGAUUUUCUGGGGUUUCUGGCUUAG